AUGGCGCUAUUUCAAACUUUGCCUAACGGGUUUAAAAUCCCUUCUAUUGGAUAUGGAACAGCUCGUGCUCAAGAACAAGCGCUAGAUCAUGCUCUAAAAAUAGGCUUCCGCCAUAUCGAUACUGCUCCCGGUUACAAAACUGAACCUCUUAUUGGAAGCGUUUUAAAAAAAUGGAUUCCCAAUAAAAUAAAAAGGGAAGAUGUUUUCAUUACGAGCAAAUUUCCUCCAAAAGAUGGAUUUGAUCCAGAGGAGACACUUAAAAAAACAUUAGAAGAUCUUCAGCUAGAUUAUGUUGACUUAUAUCUAAUUCAUAGACCAACUGAUGAUAACGAAAAGAAUCUACAAAUAUGGAAGAAACUAGAAGAACAGGUGGAUGCAGGGAGAGCCAAAUAUAUUGGACUGUCCAACUUUACAGUCGAUCAAAUAGAACAUAUUUUGCAAAAUUCUAGAAUAAAGCCUGUCAAUUUACAAGUACAAUUACAUUUGUAUGGUCAAAAUAAAGACCUUGUAGAGUAUUGCAAGAAGAACAAUAUCACAGUAGUAGCUUAUACUCCUUUAGGAGCCCCAGGGAGUAAACAUGGAGAAAAGCUAGAUAUUCUUGAAAAUGACACUUUAAAACAAAUUGCCAAAAAAUACAAUAAAUUACCUGCCCAAAUAGCUUUGCGGUUCCUGAUCCAGAAAAAUAUUAUACCAAUUCCAAAAAGUGUAACCCCAGAACGGAUAGAGCAAAAUUUUAAUGUGUUCGAUUUUGUCAUAAGCGAUGAGGAUGUUAAAAGUUUAGAAAGCUUGGAUAAAAACUUGUACAAGACUGAAAGACCAAGACCUCCUAAAAAUGACUGA